AUGAUGAUGCAGAUAGCUGUAGUACUUCAUCUGCAUGCAGUUAGCAAGGGUCAUUUUGCUAUCUACACGGCUGAUCAGAAGCGGCAACUCUUAAACUUUUCCGAAGAAGAAUUUGGACUUCCAAGCAAUGGGCCUAUUACACUACCAUGUGAUGCAGUCUUCAUGAACUACAUCAUUUCACUUCUUAGCCGAGGGUUAUCCAGAGAACUCGAGAAUGCAUUGCUUACCUCAGUUACUUCAUCCCGGUGUUCAUCAGCUUCACUGCACCAUGAACGGUCGAGAAAUCAGGAAUUGCUAGUUUGCUGA